UGUUUUUCCACUGGUCUCAGAGUGGGAUUUAUGGCCGAGGCAGCCCUAAGCUGCGGAGCAGGACUUCUCCCCAGCUGGCACGGGAACCCAGGUAGUCGGGGGAACACAGAAUGCUUCUUCUUCCUCCAAGGGCCUCCUUUCCCUUCAAAAUGGCUGACAAAGGCCAAGCUAGGUGAAGGCAGGAAGCAGUAGCGGGGUCCCCAGCGGGUGACCUGCAAGGCCGGCCCAGCGCCCUGGCCAGCCUUUGCAGCGGAGGGGUGGUGGAAAAGCGGAUGCAGGGUUGCUGUGUGACUCCAGCUGGGGCUUUUCCCUCUCUGGGCCGUGCAUCCAGAUCUGUGUGCGCUUGCAUGAGACAAUGAAGGGAGACAGCAGACAUCUGAAUGAGGAAGAGGGAGCCAGUGGGUGUGAGGAAUGUGUCAUCGUCAACGGGAACUGCAGCGACCAGUCCUCAGACACUAAGGAUGCUCCCUCACCCCCAGUCUUAGAGGCAAUCUGCACAGAGGCGGUCAGCACACCAGAGAGCCGAGGCCGCAGAUCAAGCUCCCGGCUGUCAAAGAGGGAGGUCUCCAGCCUGCUGUCUUACACUCAGGACUCAGCAGGAGAUGGAGAUGGUGACGGUGACACAGAGGAUGGGGAUGGCUCUGACAUUGUAAUGCCAAAGCUCACGCGUGAGACCAAGGAGACCAGGUCACCCUCUGAAAGUCCAGCUGUGCGAACCCGAAAUAGCAACAGUACCUCCAGCCUGGAGAGGCAAAGAGCCUCCCCUAGAAUCACCCGAGGCCGCCAGGGCCGCCACCAUGUGCAGGAGUACCCCGUGGAGUUCCCAGCUACCAGGUCUCGGAGACGUCGAGCAUCAUCUUCAGCAAGCACACCAUGGUCAUCCCCUGCCAGCCCUUACCCCAGCAUUGACCUCAUAGAAGAAGUGACACCUCAGAGCAGCAGUACCCCAUCGAUUGACCUGAGCCGGGACAGCCAGCAGGAGAGCAUGGAUGCCACACAGCUGGAUGCAGAUAGCAGAGAUGGAGACAGCACUGAGUAUCAGGAUGAUAAGGAGUUUGGAAUAGGUGACCUCGUGUGGGGAAAAAUCAAGGGCUUCUCCUGGUGGCCUGCCAUGGUGGUAUCCUGGAAAGCUACCUCCAAGCGCCAGGCCAUGCCCGGCAUGCGAUGGGUACAGUGGUUUGGUGACGGCAAGUUUUCUGAGGUCUCAGCGGACAAGCUCAUGGCUCUGGGGCUCUUCAGCCAGCACUUUAACCUGGCCACCUUCAAUAAGCUGGUUUCUUACAGGAAGGCCAUGUACCACACUCUGGAGAGAGCCAGGGUGCGAGCUGGCAAGACCUUCCCCAGCAGCCCAGGAGACUCACUGGAGGACCAGCUGAAGCCCAUGCUGGAGUGGGCCCAUGGUGGCUUCAAGCCCACUGGCAUUGAGGGUCUCAAACCAAACAACAAACAACCAGAGAACAAAAGUCGAAGACGCACAACCAAUGACUCUGCCGCUUCUGAGUACUGUCCCACACCCAAGCGCCUCAAGACAAACAGCUAUGGAGGGAAAGACCGAGGGGAGGAUGACGAGAGCCGAGAACAGAUGGCUUCUGACGUCACCAACAACAAGGGCAAUCUGGAAGACCGCUGUUUGUCCUGCGGUAGGAAGAACCCUGUGUCCUUCCACCCCCUCUUUGAGGGUGGGCUCUGUCAGAGUUGCCGGGAUCGCUUCCUGGAGCUCUUCUACAUGUAUGACGAGGACGGCUAUCAGUCGUACUGCACCGUGUGCUGUGAGGGCCGUGAGCUGCUUCUGUGUAGCAACACGAGCUGCUGCAGGUGCUUCUGUGUGGAGUGUCUGGAGGUGCUGGUGGGUACAGGGACAGCUGAGGAUGCCAAGCUGAAGGAACCCUGGAGCUGCUAUAUGUGCCUCCCACAGCGCUGCCAUGGGGUCCUCAGGCGCAGGAAGGAUUGGAACAUGCGCCUGCAAGACUUCUUCACUACUGAUCCUGACCUCGAAGAAUUUGAGCCACCCAAGUUGUACCCAGCAAUUCCUGCAGCCAGGAGGAGGCCCAUUAGAGUCCUGUCCCUGUUUGAUGGAAUUGCGACAGGGUACUUGGUGCUCAAAGAGUUGGGUAUCAAAGUGGAAAAGUACGUCGCCUCCGAAGUUUGUUCAGAGUCCAUCGCUGUGGGAACUGUUAAGCAUGAAGGCCAAAUCAAAUAUGUGAAUGACGUCAGGAAAAUCACAAAGAAAAAUAUUGAAGAGUGGGGCCCAUUCGACUUGGUGAUUGGUGGAAGCCCUUGCAAUGACCUCUCCAAUGUCAAUCCAGCCAGGAAAGGCCUGUAUGAGGGCACCGGCAGGCUCUUCUUUGAGUUUUACCACUUGCUGAAUUAUACACGCCCCAAGGAGGGCGACAACCGUCCGUUCUUCUGGAUGUUUGAGAAUGUGGUGGCCAUGAAGGUCAACGACAAGAAAGACAUCUCCCGAUUCUUGGCGUGCAACCCAGUGAUGAUCGAUGCCAUCAAGGUUUCUGCCGCUCACAGGGCCCGAUACUUCUGGGGCAACCUCCCUGGGAUGAACAGGCCCGUGAUAGCUUCAAAGAAUGAUAAGCUCGAGCUGCAGGACUGCUUGGAGUUCAGUAGGACAGCAAAGUUAAAGAAAGUACAGACAAUAACCACCAAGUCGAACUCCAUCAGACAGGGGAAAAACCAGCUUUUCCCUGUAGUCAUGAAGGGCAAGGACGAUGUUUUGUGGUGUACUGAGCUCGAAAGGAUCUUCGGCUUUCCUGCGCACUACACAGAUGUCUCCAACAUGGGCCGUGGUGCCCGCCAGAAGCUGCUGGGAAGGUCCUGGAGUGUACCAGUCAUCAGACACCUCUUUGCCCCCUUGAAGGACUACUUUGCAUGUGAAUAGUUCCACCCAGGACUGGGGAGCUCUUGGUCUGAGCCAGGUCCCCAGAGUCACCCUCUCCCUGAAGGCACCUCACCUCUCCCCUUCCUCACUCAGCUCACCUGUUUGGGGCCUCACCUCACUGUGUACCUCAGCUUUCUCCUGCUCAGUGGGAGCAGAGCCUCCUGGCCCUUGCAGGGGAGCCCAAGGUGCUCCCUCCAUGUGCACAGCUCAGACCUGGCUGCUUAGAGUAGCCCGACAUGGUGCUCAUGUUUUCUUAUCUUGAAACUUUAAAACUUGAAGUAGAUAGUAAGAUGGCUUUUUUCCCCUCCUGGGUUAAUCAGUCAGAAGUGAUGGCUAAGAUACCAAAAUGACAGCUCUCCCAGUACUCAGGUUUAAUGCUGCAAAAUCACUUCAGGUUUUGUUUUUAAAUAACCUGUGCUCCACAUUUAUUUACUAGAGCAUGCUAGUGCCAAUGUGGGCUCAGAUGAACAAGGUCAAGGGGCCAGAAAUGUUUUUGUUUUUUGUUUUUUGAUUUUCCCUAGGGAUAGUAGAAGAUGAAAAGGUUUAUGACUUAAGUCUUACUGGCACCUUCCCCCCCUUGCUUUGGUGCAAGGGCUGGAGUCCUUUUGGUCUUGUAGCAUUUCCCAGUAUGAUGAUGAUGUCAGCAGGGAUGAUGUCAUCAUCACAUUCAGGGCUAUUUCCCCCAAGAUUCCCUGGGCAGGAGCCCAUGUAGCUAAUCCUCAAGAAGAAUGGAAUAGAAUGUUUUGAGCUCAGGGAGGGGGGUGGCCCCUCUUCCAUGUGUGAGGGACAUGAAGGAGGGAGUUUAGCUAAACUAUUUCCCCCUCCCACUCUCCAAAUGAUGGGACCUCCUCCCCCACCAGCUCAGGUCUCCAGAUAAGUAUGAUCCUCUAAUACUUGAUGAGAAGCUAGGGCCAGAGGCACAUCUUUUUCCCUAUCUAAGAGAUGAUGGGGAAACCACAGUGAGAAACUUGGAUCUUCUGGAGAUUUUUAAAACCGUUUUACCCCAUGAUACAUUGUGUUUUUAAGGGGCAUUCUUUUUUAGGGGCAUCACUGGAGAUGAGAAAAGCUGCAUUUCAGAAAUGCUAUCUCAAUGGUUUUUAACACCUUUUACUGAUUACUGGUGCUAUUUUGUAGAAAAAGGACAACCUUGACACAUUUGGCGGCUUUUUAUACACUUUUUAUGACUCCCAGACUUCUAUUUUCAUGGUUAACAUUUUCAUAAAAGUUUUUUUUAUUUUUUUUUUAUUUUGGUAAUGGAGCAGUGUCACAAGUGUGGGGAAACUGCCUUGUUUCAACAGUUUUGUCUCCUGUUUUUUAAGUUUUAGGCAGAAAGCUAACAGAUGCCUAGAAUUUUCCUUUCUGUUUGAUUAAAAUUGUAUUUCUCUAAUCUUGUGUGUGUUCAUCUGCUUGUGUGUGCUGACAUGCACAGGGAUGGCUGUGCUCUCUACGUCGUGGAGCUUGGUCACCUCCAGGUUUUGCUAUCCAAGUCUUUAAUCCCAUCAUUUCAUGCCAGAUCAGGUACAUCCAUGUGAGUUCUAGGCCAGCCUGGGCUACAUUGAAAAUCAUAACAAAAAUAAAUAUCCCUACUUACAGCAUUCUUGGUUAGUUACCAUAAUUAUCCUGAAAGUUAGUUUAGUGGCCAAUUUAAAUUCCUGUUGAUUGUUAAACAUGGAAUUAAUUGUAAUAAUUGACCAAGUGAAAAGUUUUGGUACCUUUAACUUAAGAUGCUCAUUAGUUCUACUCAUUUUGCAGAACGUUAUUGCUUGGGUAUCUGGUCUUGACCACAGGCCAGGCAGAACAGGAGAAAACUCCAGCUACAGGUAUCAUAUUUAGGGAGGACAAAAAAAAAAAAAAAAAAAGCCAGGUGGUGGUCACGCCUUUUAUCCCAGCACUUGGGAGGUAGAGGUAGGUGGAUCUCUGAGUUUGAGGCUAGCCUGAUCCACAAAGUUCCAGGACAGCCAAAAACCAAAAACAAGGCCAGGCGGUGGUGGCGCACGCCUUUAAUCCCAGCACUGGGGAGGCAGAGCCAGGCGGAUCUCUGUGAGUUCGAGGCCAGUCUGGGCUACCAAGUGAGUUCCAGGAGAGGCGCAAAGCU